CUUCACCCCUGGCCUUGGCAAGUGGACCGGUCCCGAAGGGGUAGAAGCUGAGACCGGCGCCUUCGCGGGAGCAGUCCGCUGGGUUGGCGGCUUCUCCGCCUUGAGCGUUCAGGAACUAGCGAUGCUAUGAGGCUGUUGUUUUAUCCAAUGUGAGAAGUUGGCCCGGAGAUGGAAAACUUCAUUCUGUAUGAGGAGAUUGGCAGAGGAAGCAAGACUGUUGUUUAUAAAGGGCGACGGAAGGGAACAAUCAAUUUUGUAGCUAUUCUUUGUACUGAUAAGUGCAAAAGGCCUGAAAUAACCAACUGGGUCCGUCUCACCCAUGAAAUUAAACACAAGAAUAUCGUAACUUUUCAUGAAUGGUAUGAAACCAGCAAUCAUCUCUGGCUCGUGGUGGAACUCUGCACAGGUGGUUCCCUAGAAAUGGUGAUUGCUCAAGAUGAAAACCUCCCAGAAGAUGUUGUGAGAGAAUUUGGGGUUGACCUCAUUGCUGGAUUACAUCAUCUUCAUCAACUUGGCAUUCUCUUUUGUGACCUUUCUCCAGGCAAGAUACUCUUGGAAGGGCCUGGCACAUUGAAGUACAGUAACUUUGGCUUGGCCAAAGUGGAAGGUGAAAAUUUGGAAGAGUUCUUUGCUUUGGUGGCAGCAGAAGAAGGAGGAGGUGAUAGUGGGGAAAAUGCACUGAAGAAAACCAUAAAAGGUCGAGUCAAAGGAUCUCUUACAUAUACAGCACCUGAAAUUUUAAGGGGUACUGACUUCUCCAUCACCAGUGACCUCUGGUCUUUGGGCUGUCUGCUUUAUGAAAUGUUUUCAGGAAGACCUCCAUUCUUCUCAGAAAGUUUUUCAGAAUUAAUUGAAAAGAUUUUUUAUGCAGAUCCUUUGCCACCUUUUCCAAAAGAUUCUUCUCUUCCUAAAGCUUCUUCAGAUUUUAUUAAUUUGCUUGAUGGUUUACUUCAAAAAGAUCCUCAGAAAAGAUUAACUUGGGCAGGCCUAUUGCAGCAUUCAUUUUGGAAGGAUGCUUUCGCUAGGAGAGAUCAUGAAUCGAGCACUGAGGAUUCCAUCGUCAGCAGCGGAAAAGUGAUGGAGCAUUCUGGGACCCAGGAUUCCAAGGAGGUUUUGAAGCCAAGUGGACAAGCCAAGGGGGACAAGAGUGGUCAGCGACUGAGUCAGUCUUUCAGACUAGAAAAUCCAGCCGAGUUGCGGCCUAGAAGUGUGGUUGGGGGUCAACCGAAUGAGUCCAUGUUUCUUCUGAGUUCUCGCCCGACUCCGAGAACUAGCAGUGCGGUCGGACUAAGUCCUGGUGAGGAUAGGACUCAACAUUCACCACAGAAGGCUUCUCCUUUGACCAAGAUUGCAAGUGAACCCCUGAGUCAGCAGGACCUGGAAUCCCAGAUGAGAGAGCUUAUCUACACAGACUCUGAUCUUGUCAUCACCCCAAUUAUCGACAACCCAAAGAUAAUGAAACAACCACCAAUUAAAUUCGAUCCAAAGAUACUGCAUCUACCAGCAUAUUCAGUGGAUAAAUUAGCAUUUCUAAAAGACCAAGACUGGAACGCCUUUUUGCAGCAGGUGUGCUCACAGAUCGACUCCACUGAGAAGAGCACGGGGGCCUCGCGAGCCAAGCUGAACCUCCUUUGCUAUUUGUGUGUCGUGACUGGACACCGGGAGGUGGCCACGCGCCUCCUCCAUUCACCUCUGUUCCACUUACUAAUCCAGCAUUUGCGAAUAGCUCCAAACUGGGAUAUACGGGCCAAGGUUGCUCGGGUGAUUGGUUUACUGGCCUCACACACAACUGAGCUCCAGGAAAAUACACCUGUUACUGAGGCAAUUACUGUCUUAACUGAGUUAAUUAGGGAAAACUUCAGAAAUAGCAAAUUAAAACAGUGCCUCUUACCAACCCUUGGGGAGCUGAUCUACCUUGUAGCCACCCAGGAAGAAAAAAAAAAGAACCCUAGAGAAUGCUGGGCCGUUCCCUUGGCUUCGUACACAGUGCUAAUGAGGUGCCUUCGGGAAGGGGAAGAACGUGUUGUGAAUCACAUGGCAGCAAAGAUUAUUGAAAAUGUCUGCACUACCUUUUCUACUCAGGCCCAGGGCUUUAUUACAGGAGAAAUUGGACCCGUUUUAUGGUUCUUAUUCAGACAUUCCACCGUUGAUUCUCUCAGGAUAACAGCAAUAUCGGCCUUGUGUAGAAUCACUCGCCAUUCUCCCACUGCCUUCCAGAAUGUUAUUGAGAAGGUGGGACUGAACGCAGUAAUAAACUCCCUGGCCUCAGCCAUCUGCAAAGUUCAGCAGUACAUGUUGACCUUAUUCACUUCAAUGUUGUCUUGUGGGAUUCAUCUUCAGAGGUUAAUCCAAGAAAAGGAUUUUGUUUCUACAAUUAUCCGUUUACUUGACAGCCCAUCAACUUCGAUUAGAGCAAAAGCCUUCCUCGUUCUUUUAUAUAUUUUGAUUCAUAACCAUGAGAUGCUGCUGCUCGGCUGCCAAGCAAGGUAUGAUUUUCUCUGAUGGUUUCAAUUUGGA